UUUAAAAUGAAUUAACAUUAUUUAUCCCCUUCAAUUAUGAAUUUUCAAGUUCAUGUUCACUUUGUAAGGGCAUGUAAAUUAUUAUCUAUAAUUUCACUAUUAUUCUCGAUAUUUUCUUCUAAAAUUUCUUGCUCUGAGGAAUGGUGUAAAGUAGCUUCAACUGAUUCUGAACCACGAUAUGAACAGUGUAUACCAGCUGGCGACUCAUAUUCAACGUAUUUCAUUGAUGUGUAUGCACAGCCCCUGGACAAUUUCUAUCUGGAGGAGGACAUAACUUUUAAAAUAAUAGGAGAGGGCAAACACACAAAUCCUAUAACUUUAGCAACUAAAGAUGGAACAAUAAGAAGGCAGUUAGUUGAUAGACUAGACGUAGGUGACCCUAGGUCACUAGAAUUAAAAUUAAGUGAUACAAAUUGGUCAUGUGAGAAGAUAGUAGUUUAUAAGGGAUCAAGAUUUUGGACUUUUGACUGUAUCCCCUCUAAGUCUAGAAACAAAGACGAACACGUUACAACAUAUCUCCUCUCAGGAAACAAGACUUAUACUGUGAGUGUUCAGACUGGAGGGCAAAAGGAUGCUGGCUCCAAUGGAACAAUAUCUCUAGCAUUGCUUGGUUCCUCUGGGAAGACCAAUGAAAAAACUCUUUCUAACGCAUUUUAUCCCGCAUCUUACCAAACGUUUCAAGUUAAAGGGGCAGAUGUUGGGGAUAUAAAUGGCCUAAUAAUUUCAAAUGACGCAGUAAACGACCCGUGGUACUGCGAUAGCAUCCGAAUCGCAUCUAAUGAAGUAGUUAACUCAUUCCCAGUGAAGAGGUGGGUAGGGUACCCAUUUGAAUCAUCUGUUGAAAUCUCAACUGAAUCUCUAACUAGUGUAACAAAUUUAAAUGAAACCUCACCACUAGACGUAAUGUGCAACACCAGAGCUGUUGAUAUAUACUCCGGAACAUUUGUAAAGCCAUUUAAUAUUACUGUACGAUGUCCAAUGAAUUGUAAUAAUGAUCCUUUAAUGUCAAUUGAGGGUUCUUCACUCCACCCGUCAUCUACUUCCAUCUGCGGAGCUGCUAUUUACGACGGAGCCACAAGUCCAUCAGGAGGGCAGGUUGUUAUCUCAAUAGUUCAAUCAAUGGCAAAAUACUUCGGUGGCACUGGAUAUAAUGGCUUAAAAUCUGAGGAUUAUGAACCACCAGCAGACAAAAACAACUUUAGUUUCUUCAUGUUUUUAGAUGAGAGUAUCGAUGACAUAGAUAAGAAUGUCAGACUAGUUGACGGAUUUGGAAAACUCACAUCCUUUGGGAGACUAGAGCUAUUUAGGAACGGCAAAUGGGGGACUGUUUGCAAAAGAGGAAAACAUUCUAUAUUUAACAACCAAUCUGCAACAUUUGUGUGUAACAGUCUGGGGUUUAAAUAUGGAAUAAACAUUGAAGAAAACUGCACCAACGUCAAUAACCAGAAUUUCUGUGCACCUCCGGGAUAUAACGUUUCUUGUUCUGGUCUAAAGUGUAAAGGAGAUGAAACUGAUAUUAACAACUGUACACUAGAAGAACCUACAAUCGACUGUAAAAAUCACAAAGAGGAUGUUGUGGUGAAGUGCUCAAACUUCUCUCCAACUACUAGUCUCGAAUAUGGAACCCUUAGGAUAGUGGAUUCAACAGGAGCCACUUCCUCAACAGGAACCGGCCGACUUGAAAUAUACAAUAAUGGUUUCGGAACAGUCUGCAAUGAAUACUGGACCAAAGAAGCAGAAAAAAUCGCAUGCACUGAGAUGGGUUAUUCUGGAUUGCGAAACGGUGGAGUUUCUGAUAAGGAGUGCUCAAAUUUCAAUGGCUUGAAUCUUUGUGCUCAAGUGCACACAAAGAUAGCGGCAAACAAUUUUAAGUGCAAUGGCGGAGAAUCUAAACUUACGGAUUGUGAGCAUGAAUCUGGAGAUGAUAUUUACUGCACUCAUGACCAAGACGUUAUCGUAUCAUGUAUUGGAAACGGGGACCCUAGUGAGUUUAGGAACCUGAAAAAAGUUGAGCCGUUUGUACCUCCAUUAAAAAAGUUAUCGAAAGUUAUAAAUCUAUCCUGUUAUGACACUCUCACGUCGCAUUCUGAGUUCCAGGGUGAAUUUGGCUCAUUUAAAGUCGCUUCAUGCCCAAUGGGAUGCAUGGAUGAGCCUGCAUCAAUUAAGGGAACAUAUGUGUACACUAGAGAUUCAUCAAUUUGCAAGGCGGCAAUACAUUCCGGAGUUCUUGACAACAGCGGAGGUGAAAUAGUUGUGAUAAUCGCUUACCCUCAAGAACACUUUUAUGGAACAUCAAUGAAUGGUGUUGAAAGUCUAAGCUUAUCAAGGUCCGGUGACGAUUCUAGAGAGAAAGCCUUUAUGGUGUCGAGACCAACAAAAUAUGUAAUGUCAAAGGUUGAGAAGGAAGUGUUGGAAACCUCCAAAACUAACGAGGAGAAACCCAUGACUCCUUCAUAUGUUAUGGCGCCUUACAAGUUUUUCUGGUCACCUGAUCCCAGCUGGAAAGGAUUUAAUGGGAAUCACGCUGAUUACAUUAAUACCAAGGAUUUACCUGGUUCAAAGCUGAUAAAGACAUUUAGAGAUGCAACAUUUAUAUUUGACAUUGUUCCCACAGGCGGAGUUGGAAAUUGGUCUACUAUAUUUUCAUUUCAAAGUUGCGGAGGACUUUUGUGUUCUAUUGAUAACUUCGGUGAACUUGUUUUACAGGAGAAUUGCAAACCGGAACUCGUUAAAACUUCUUAUUUUCCAACUAUGGGAAAGAGAGCACAUAUAUCAAUAUUGUACUAUGUGUUAACUAAGGACAUUUCUGUUUUCGUUGACGGUGUUCCAGUGACAAAUCAGCUUACGAGUCUUGAUCUUAACUUCCAGGGAGAUUUGAUAUUAGGCAAGAUGGCGGAUACUGAUUCUGACUAUUUCAAAGGUCACAUAUUGGCCUUUCAAGCCUAUGAUUAUGUAAUGUCUCCUGAACAGAUACGACAACAGUUUGCAAGUAGCCAAAACAGCGAAAACUUAACAUCACACCUGACUAAGGUGAGACUUACAACUGAAGGGAAUGUAUGUUUGAGUAAAUGUAUGAAAAAGUUCUCUGGAAAAUACGACGUUCAUUCAAACGCCACUAAUCCUGCAAUCAAGUUGGGUUGUUCUGAUACAAUAGAGUCUGAAAAUUUCAAUGGUCCUAACGGUAAAAGUUUCCUUAUUUCAUGCACCAAAUCAUGCAUUGACCCGGAUUUAACUCUAAAGGGUACUAAAGUUUAUACUUCCGACUCCUCAAUUUGCAAGGCUGCGUUACAUUCAGGUGUAAUACCCAAAGAUGGUGGAGAGGCCAUACUAACUGUUCUAAAUGGAUUAAGUGAAUACGGCAACUGCCAUGGGCAUUUCGGAAUUACAAGUCAGAAAUCAAAUGUUCCAUUUAUGAGGUCAUUUUCACUUCACAGGGCGCCUAAACUUAUACACCUUUCUUGUCAAGAUACGGCUGUAUUUGUUCUAAAAAUGCACAUUGGGACUAGAGUACUAUUAGACUGUCCUCCAGGAUGCAAAGAUGCUAAACCUUAUAACGUUUUUGGAACUGAGGUUUACAGUCCAACUUCUUCAUUAUGUCAAGCUGCAAUUCACUCUGGAAAUCUUGAUAACGAUGGAGGUGAGGUGGAGAUAGAAGUUGAUGGGAAGAGAGAUACAUUCGACUCUAACGAAUCUAAUGGAAUUUUAUCGCAAUCAAGUGGCCAAUAUUUAAAAAGUUUUAAAAUAAUUAAAGUGAGGAAAAGAAAUGAAUAAUUGUGUUUUUUGAAUUUUAAUACCGAAUGGCCAGUAGAAUCUUAUCGCACUAUAACGUUCA